AUGGAACCCCAACGAAUAAUAACUAUGCAUAUGGUUGGUGUUCUAGUGUUAUGUAAAGGCUGCUGGAGAGAGAAACGCUGUUGUUUGUGUCACAUCUUACGUCUGUGUCGCAGGAGCACGAACGUUACUCAAGGCACGCAAGGGUGUGUGCUCCGCAUAACGAGUCUACAAUUUAGGAGUGCAGCCCCCGAGACAAUCACGAAGCUGCCAGAAUCAAUGAUCGUCAUUAUACAUUUAAAAAGCUCAGAACGAAACGCAGUCGUCGAAGCGACCGACGUCAGUGGCAGUAGCACUGCUAGCCUUUCUUCAUCAAGAACUACACAUAACACUCAUCAAACACACAUAGCAAGUAGGGCAUGCAUCUGUAACUGCCUCUGCUUCUGCCUGCCAGGCGGUUUUCCCAUUCAUCUCUUGUCCAACGACAGCAAUUGGUCGUCUUCAAGAAUAUCAAAGAACACCAACACGUAG